AUCGCACCCGGUACUCUAACAACUGUAGUGCCGCCCGUAACACAGAGUAUACAUGGCCUUUAUCACGAAGAUGUAGUUUGUUAGUUGAAGUAUGCAAAUAGCCAAAUAUAAUCAGGAAGUAUUGGGCGAUGGGAUCUUUACAUUCUAAAACAAACACCGAGCCUUCUCCUCGAUUAAGUUAUGUAACCUACCCGGGAAUCUGGGUAUUAAAAACCUGCUAUCAUUUCAGCAAACGUAUUGUUCAGGUUGACAUUCAGGACCUUCGGAGCUCAGAACCGAGACGUAGGACGACGCCAUAACCGUUUUCCAUACCGCAGUGAGGAAAAGUGUAGGCCAUUAUUCAUAGCACCUCACCCAUUACAUGGAGUUUUAUGCCAAAGCUUACAAAGAGUCACCAAGAUGAUAUGUGCCUAUAACUCAGUGAGAUAGUUUUACACAAAACAGGAGAAGCCUUUUAUUUCGCUGUCAAGCAAUCACCAAUUCCCGCCGGCCGUGCACAUUUUCAAGUCGCCCUUCCUCAAAGACACUCUUAGAAGCUUUUACAGCAAGCUAGGCUGCUCAUGAAAAUUCGCCCGAAUCCCAACUCUUCGAGCAAGAUACGGAGUAAUUCGCAGAGGUAGAGGGUUGUUUGUAUAUUAAAAUAUAUAUAUAUCCCCAAUUUCAUAAAUAUUCUCUUUGAAGAAAAGUAGACCAGUUACAAUCAGAGAAAUAAUGGCAUUGCUCACUGACUCAUACGGAGUCGUCUUGGCCACCAUAAGCCUUGUUCUGACGUUGGUAUGGUACUUUAAGAGCUCAAGCUUUCGGAGAUUUCGUCAUCUACCACCAGGCCCCCUCGGGUAUCCCAUUGUCGGCAUGUUACCCUACCUCGACGAGAAAUAUCCUUCUGUUGGUAUCACAAAACUGUCCAAGAGAUAUGGGCCGAUCUUCGGGGGUUUUCUGGGCAGCUACCGAGCGGUGUUCCUGAACGAUUACGAGACGAUAAAAGAAGCCUUCUCAAGAACUGACGAUAUCUUCAGUGAUCGGCCGAGGAUUUCGGCAUUCGAACUUUACAGCGAUGGACAGGGAGUUGCGUGCUGCUACAUUGAAAACCACUGGAAAGAACAACGUCGGUUCACACUUCGCGCCCUGCGGAACUACGGCAUGGGUCGUCUUCAGGGCUCCCUACGAGACGCCAUCGAUGUCGAGAUUUCAAUCCUGAUGAAGGAAUUCUCCAAGAUCAAGAAACCUUUCAAUCCAUUCAUCUACAUCAUGUCGACUGUCUGUGACGUCACCUGUAAGAUGGUUUUCGGUCGGCGAUUCGAGUACGACGAUGAAAAGUUUACCGAUUUCCUUCACAAGCUUGACAGGAUAUUUGAAAUGACUGGCGUAGCAGGAGUGACAAAUUACCUUAGCUGGAUGAAGUACGUCCCUUUCAGCGGGUACCAUGAACUGGGGAACGCCGUCAAACAACUGGAGAAUGGUCUCUUUACCAGGGAAUGCGAAGAACAUCAAAGAGCCUUCGAUCCAAGCAGGGAUCCCCGUGAUCUUAUCGAUGCCUUCCUCCUUGAGAUGCACAAGAAAGAAGAGGAGAGGGCGAAUAAUAACGGAGAGCUUCUGGCUCCGACGGGUUUCAGUCGGGAACAGUUACUGCAUUUCAUAGGGGAUAUUUUUGCAGCGGGGACAGAUACGACAGCUUCGUCUUUAAAAUGGACUUUCCUUCAUCUGAUCAAAUAUGAAGAUGAACAGCGUAAGAUGCAAGAAGAAAUUGAUCGUGUUGUAGGACGGGACAGGUUACCAACCCUAGAAGAUAGACCAAAUCUACCGUACACCCAGGCAUUCUUAACAGAAAGUUUGCGAACCGGAUGCCCUGGACCACUAGGUGUGCCGCAUGGGUCUAAGGAAGAUGCGAAAUUUCAUGGCUUCGACAUCCCUAAAGGGACCGUGGUCAUCGCGAACCUUUACGCUGUGCUCCAUGAUCCAAAUGUGUUCCCAGAACCACAGAAAUUCAACCCAUCCCGUUACCUAGACGACCAAGGCCAGCUGAAGACGUCGCUAGUGGAACGGGCACGUUCUCAGUUUGGAAUAGGGCGUAGACAUUGCGUUGGAUCGGACAUGGCCAUGAUGGAACGGUUUAUCUUGGUGUCCAACCUUACUCAUCGCUUCAACGCCAGGGCGCCACAAGGACCAGACUCGGUCAGCCUUGAGCCAAGGAGCGGACUGACUUACAUCCCUAUGCCAUUUGAUAUGGAACUUACGCAGCGAUAGUCUCAACUCUAGAUAAACAGUGACUCCGACUCUUUCGCUUAAUUCGACGGGUUCGCGAACAAAUUGUCAUCUACUGCUUUUCUCCCCACUGCCAAAAGGUGUCGGUAUUUGUCAUCGAUGUGCCCUAAUGAAUUUUACACGCCAUUCCGUGAUCACGGCAAGCUAGGGUCAAGAAGGCAGCUUGUUGAAUGGGAGGGAUGAGAAAAUAACAGAAUUCGC